UAUAGAUCUCCAGUAAAAUAGUGAAUAUCAAACGCAAGCACUGUAGCACACAUCUCUCUUACACCAGUACAGGAAGUUCAGUGAAAAGGCACAAACCUAUUCGGCAGCCAGCGGUUCAUUGACAACCGCGCGAAGUCUGCUGCUACGAUCAGCUGAUCAGAGUUUUGUUGUUCACGUAGCAUACGUAUACAUAGAGAAGAGUGACCGUAUGUGACACGUAGCGCAAAUAAUUUACGUGUAAAUGGAUCCCGAGAAUUAUACGGUGGAAUUGAUACGUCAGGAUAUUGUUAAGAACCAUCUCCAAGUGAACGCUUUAAUACAAGACAUACAACAAUGCACCGGGCCGUUGGAAGUAUUAGACGAGCUCAAUGCCGAAGGUAGGACCAAGAUAGCGGUGUUGGAAUCCUCUAUAGAGCGAUUGUCGUCUGUCGCCGAGACCGAACCAAACGAGAAGAAAAAGACUGAAUUAUUGUCCGUCGUCGAGAGCUACAAGGAACAAUUGAGCGUAUCCUUGGCGGCCUUUCGCAAGGCCAAUGUCAUUAGUGCGUGUGUCAUCGACAAAUUGGCCAGAGAGAAUCUGCUCUCCCUGCCGGAGGAGCGGCAGAAUGUCCUUCGCAAACGACGGGACAAGCAAAGCUUGACGGAUGCGUCCAGCCAGAUCACGGAUAAACUGUUCAGCAUCGCGAGGCAUCUAGCUGAAACAACUCAGAGAAGUGCUGAUACACUGGACACGCUGUUGACAUCCUCAGACAAGGUUGACAACACCAGAAACGAGUUGGAGCAUCAGCAGCAAGUGAUAGUGCAGUCGGGGAAGCUUUUGGGAAAGUACGGUAGGCGCGAAGUCACCGAUAAAGCGUUGCUCGCGCUGGCCUUUAUGUUUUUCCUCGCCUGUGUGUUUUAUAUUUUACAAAAGAGACUGUUCUGAGGCCCUGCGCAACGUUGACGAAGUGCAUGGAUCAGGCGUUUACGGUGAUAUCACGUGAUGACUGUAAUAUAUAUAGCGCAGGAAUUCUCAUAAUAAGUCGCGUAGGGAAUAUACAUAUAUGUUUAAAAGGAAACCGGGUGGGGAUUUUUAUAAGUAUUUUAAUGACUUUAUGCGUGUGUGGAUAAGCUUGCCCGUUAAUCUCUUAAAAGCGUUUUCAUUCCGUCACCAAAUCUUAUUAAAUAAACUCAACUGGUUGUAUAUAAUGGUAUCCUGUAAGAAAAUAGAAUAUUUAUGAGAUUUCAAAACGCACGCACGUUUCUGCCGCUCACUAUCACUAAGACGAGCAAUUACACAUCGCGGGACGUUGAACUAGUUGGCCGUACAUUCUUACAACCGCUCAUGAACUCCUCCCUAGUGACUAUGCCGUCCCUGUCAGCAUCCAUCUUCUCGAAGAACCUAUCUACUUGGAUCUUAAUCGCGGGCUGGUUCGUCUGUACGUCCUGCACCAUCUCAAGAUCGCCAAAACUGACGAAGCCGUCGCCGUCCUUGUCGAAGCUAUGAAGAACGAUUCGCGUGUAUCUGGUUGGAUCACCCAGUGGGAACAAUUUGGCAUACGCGAGCUUAAGGUCGCCAGUCGUCGCGCAUCCUCGAGGACAGAACUGUUUGAAAGCACGGUACAGCCUGCGAAUUUCAUCCUUGGAGAAGCCGGUGCGCCAGGUCAGGGUGGACAGCUCCUCCGGGAAAUAAUACAGCGAUUGCUUAUCGUCCUCUGGAAAACUAUCUAUGGAAAGGUGAUCGACUUGUUCUGACGUAGUCGCAAAUUAUGGAAACAUUCUUAUGUGAUAAUCCACUGGUUCACUCUUGUUUUCUUUAUCGUUUAGUUAUGUAGCGAUGUGGUUUUAUUAAUUUUAAAUUUUAUCUCAGAGAAUUUUACAAAAGUUCUGUAACUUGUAUACUGAAUGUAUGUUUAUUCCGUUCAGAAAAUUUUCAAAGAACGUUGCUGUGCCUUUACUGAAUUUAGAGACUCAAAAAUACAAAAAAAGUUUGUAGAAAGAUUUUUACAUAUGAUGAUUACGAAGAUCUUAUUACAGAUAAAUGAUUAUUGAGAAAAUUAGCUAGACAUAUUUGAUUUUCUACUUCAAUCUCCGUAACUCAAUUAGUCGAUGAAAGAAGAAAAACAAAAGUUAAGACGGUAGAACCAAUCGCAUCGUAUAUCGCGACAUACCAGUAAUUCUUUGGAGGUUCUCCUUCAUUUUUCUCAGGCUCCGCUGCAUCUUAAUCGAGAGGCUGGGUCGGUGAAAAGACUCGCAGCUGCUUUUAUCGUCAGAACUACUGCGAUUUGACAUUCGAAGACGUUUCGAGAAACACGAGGACAGACUGAACGAGCGAACGACGCUUCUGCAAGUAGAGCAGAGCGGAACUGACGCACGUGGUGCAGCCGGCUGCACGGAAGAGUUUUGAUGAAGUCUGCAGUAGCCAAAAUAUUUAGAUUUACCGCGGCACGUCUGUAGGUCUCAAUGAGAAGCGAUGUUUGAACAUAUUCACAGCAACAAUCUUAAGUGCAUCAGAUAAGGUUUGCCGGUUCAUUUUUAAAGGUAUUUUUUCAAGCUCAUAAAUCUCCCAUCGAAGCAAUUUUUGUAUUUACUCUAUACUAAAAUCUUUGAGAGAGAGAGAGAGAAUCUCCAAUGGAGGCAGAAAAGUCUUACCAAAUUUGCAUUAGGAUUUUCUCUAAUUUUUAAAUUGGCAGAUUUAAAAUGUAUCUCUUUUGGAUUGACUUAUCAAGAUGUAUUUUAUUUUUGGAUUACAAAAUGUAUCUCAUUCUUGAAUUAACUUUGCAAAAUGUAUCACAUUUUUAGUUUAACUUUCCAAAAUAUCCCUCAUCCUUUGAUUAAUUUUUUAAAAUCUUUAUCUUAUCUUUUAUUUUCCGGAGUCGAAAGAAUAGAAAUUGGAUGACGCGCUUCUCUCUGAAGGUUCCUGUGAAACAAUACAAUGAGAGUGAGAUGGGAAAAAUACAGGAUAAAAUUUCAAAGUCCUGCAAAUUCGGGGAUUGUCGAUGAUUAUAACAGUUUGGACUGCGACUGAAUUUCGAAGAGCAGACUGAGCGUGAAAAAUCGCUCGCGCGUAUUACGAGCUUCUUUGUGCAAAACCGCAGGGUGGACUUUCUCUGCCGAAUGCUAUUAAUAGUUAGGUGGAUUGGAAACCGACUAUUACGAUAAUAGGAAAUCGUAGAACAAAUCUAGCUGCGACUUAACCGGCCCUAUCGCGGUCCGACGACUUGCCGUUUAUGGAAGAAUUCAUAAUACGUCAAGUGUAAGAACGAUUCUAUGCAAUCGCGCCAAGUGACCGACCUUGUUUAUGAUCACGAGUCACAGUUCGAUAAUCGAGCUUAUUACCUCUCAAUGACUACUCCUGCGGCGACACUCGAGCUCUUAUUUAUUCACACAUUUAUUCACCCAGUUACUAUGUGAUUAAAAACUAAUUAUUUCGUAUCUUGCGAUCGGUAUUUCACACAAAAUAGUGUACAAUAUGUGAAUGAAAUCGGGAAAUACUCUGUAUAAGAUAGCACCUAAAAAAAGAAAGAGAACAGUUAUCAGUAACAAAACUUCGCUGAGGACUAGAUGUAUCGAUAUAGAUUAAUAUUAAUUGACUGACUUUCUUACAUUUUUAUAAUAAAAAUAUAUAAAUAUAAUUUAUAUAUUAUAUAUUACACACAUAAAUAAAAUAUAUACUUCCAAAAUA